AAAGGCUGUGACGAACGGGGAAGAGAAGAAAACCGAGAGAGAUGUGGUUGCUGGCGUUCAUUCUACCUAUCAUCAGGCUGUAUUUAGUUGGCAUAAAAGUUCUUCUGUACCAGCUGUUCAACAAGUCUUUCCCCUUACCAGUUUUUCCCAAACAGAAUGGACGGGUUGCCAUAGUGACUGGGGGUGCCAAAGGGAUGGGUUAUGAGACGACGAGACAUCUGACGAGCCUGGGUAUGCAUGUUGUGAUAGCUGGAAAUUGUGAAGAGGAGGGCGUGGCAGCUGUAAAGAAGAUUGAAGCGGAGAAACACGAGGGAAAAGUGGAGUUUCAAUACAUCGACUUGGCAUCCCUGAAAUCUGUUCGUCAGUUUGUGCACAACUUUAAAGACCGAGGCCUUCCACUGCAUGUUCUUGUAAACAAUGCUGGCGUCAUGCUUGUUCCUGAGAGAAAGACAGAGGAUGGCUUCGAGCUGCACUUUGGCCUGAACUUCCUGGGCCACUUUCUGCUCACCAACCUCCUCCUGGACACCCUGAAGAAAUCCGGCACUUCGGACUCCUGUGCCCGAAUAGUCACCGUCUGUUCAGCCACACACUACGGGGGUGUGAUCAACUUGGAUGACCUUCAGGGCAGGUUGUGUUACUGUUCUCAUGGGGCUUAUUCACAGAGUAAGCUGGCGCUGGUUCUGUUUACCUACUACCUUCAGCAGAGGCUGACCUCCGGUGGGCUCCCUGUGACUGCCAACGCGGUGGACCCAGGCAUGGUGAACACAGACCUGUACCAGAACCUGUGCAGCCCCGCUCAGCUGGCCAAGCAGCCCGUGGCCUGGCUGCUCUUUAGGACUCCGGCCCAGGGAGCCUCCACAUCCAUCUACGCCGCGGCCAGCCUGGAGAUGGAGGGCGUGGGCGGGUGUUACCUGUACAACGGGCGACGUGCGCAGUCUUCAGAUGCCUCAUAUGAUGAGGACCUGCAGGCCAAGCUGUGGAAGCAGAGCUGUGCUCUGGUGGGGCUGCCGGACGAGGGUCGUGGGCCCGAAUGAGGGGGGUCCACUCCCCCGAACACCCACGCGUACGCACAAGUACAAACACAUCCACACAGACAAACACACCUGCACAUACACACACCCACCCACACGCACAGGCACAGGCACAUGUACAUGCAAAAGUAUGCGCAUACGCCUGCCUACUCCACAGCCCCCACAAACCAGUACCCCCCCCCUCCUUGUGCCAUUUCUGCUCCAUCACAGCAACCGCAUCCUCUCUUCCUCUACUCUGUUGACUGGCCAUAAAAAACACUCUGACUUGGAAAACCAAAAUAAAAUAGCAAGAAUGUGUGAAUUCAAUUUGAAGAGUGAACGACACAUCAAAAACCCACAUUUGAUAGAGUCUACCCGGAAAUCUAAUUUGACUAACAGGUGUGGAAUCAUCGCCAAAUCCGCCUUUGCUUAACGUGGAGCACAGAAGUAGUGCCACUGUACCUGUGACCAGUCUGGAAGGGAAAACAUUCCCCGCUUCUGCCUUUUUAGCAGAGAAAUACGAAAAGACCUUGAUCUGCAGUGAUUCAAUGUCAUUUUCACCCAGACAGUCCCGCCCCGCCGUUAGACUGUGAAUGGCUGUGCCCAGGAGGGUCCACGGAUUGGUUAAUGAGAGGGGAAAAAUGAGCAAGGCUCAUGUCACAAUCGUAAAUUCUGAUUCACAGAUGAAGGGCUCUGGACGACAGAUCAAUUUCCUGCAGUGCCCCCACCCCCUUCUCUCUUGCACUGUGAACAAGUGUAGCUGCUGCAGAAUCUUCCAGAAAAGAUGCAUUUUGCCUCCACGGGUGACGCACCUGUGCGGCCCCCUCUCUUCUCUUCCCUCAUCCUACUGCGGGUGGUGUUUCACUGAAAUCCCAUCCGACUCACAGUUACUGUGACGCCUCUCUCGUGAUUUAAACGUCUGUGAAUUCUCGUGUGACCGCUGUUGUGUUCCUUUUGGCCUGUUUUCCUGUAACGGCUGCUCGGUAUUAUAAGAUGCACUUUGUCUCAUGUCUUGUCAAAUGUCCGGAAAACGGCUUAUUUUUUGCACCGUAUUACGCAGCAGGGCCACGGGGGCGGCGAGCUGCGUUGUUCUAAUUGCACCCUACUGUUGUCAGGAGGAGUGGUCAAAUCUUCUUUCUGAGGAUGUGCUAUUAAGCGCUCCCGCCAAACGACUGCUGGAAUAAACUCUGUCUGACUGGCAAGGGCACCUGCCCCCACUGCAUCGUCCUUGAAGCAGGUGGUGCACCCGCAACGAGAAAAGGGUGCGUCGUCCUCCGUGCUGUUGGCAGGUAUUUCUUUCGCUGCCAUUAAGCUUUUCCAAGUGUUCCUUUUUUAUUCCGCGGUUGAAUUACCAUUUUAAAAACGCCUCCAUCUGUCCUGUGUAAAUGCACAUUGCGUAACGGUGAUUCAGCCCGACUCCGUGCUCAUCAAAAGAGAGGACGUGCAAAGAUAGCGGGGAGAGGGGAAAUAUAAACAUGAGAACACGGCCUUCUUUCUGUGCAAUAACGUUCUUGGGGUCGUUUUUUUUUUUUGUUUGUUUUUUUUGUUCCAUUUUGAUUUUUCUGCACCUUCUCUACAGGAAGCGAGUCCAAUACUGGAUUAGGGUUUAAAUUUCCCUGGGCGCAAAUGAAAAUGUGGUUUUGGCAAGAGUCCGUACACAGAAUUGAGUCUGAGGAAAGCACAGCCGCCAAUGCUCCGAAUGGGUUUAUCACAAAUAAACCUUUAAUUAAAAAGUUGAGCGCCCGACAAAAACCCAUGUGUUGCCUGUAAAAUGUCAUGCCAUGGGCACUGUGAAUUAGGUAUUUGUGUUUGUGUGUGUUUACGUGCGCGCAUGCGUGUUUGUGUUUUUUCACUGUCUGAUGAAUUUGGUCCUCUUAAUUAUGUAAUAAGGUGGUUUUACAGUAUUGUCACUGUGGUGCCCGGGUUGAUCUGAAAUGAAAGUGAAAUCAUGCACAUUUUCAGUUUAUUCCUCUUUAGAGAGAUGUAAUCUGGUGAGAGUCCUUCACAUUAACAGUUGCCUGUGUUCUCACCACAUCUCCUGGCACUAUCUACUUACUAACUGCAGCUGUAUACAAUGUUGAGCAUCUGAGCUUAAAGUGCAAUGGAAUCUGACAGAUGAGUGUCCUCCACAUCUGUUGAAGAGCGUGCAGUUGUUCCCUUGCCGGCCAAAAUCUGAACGUUGUAGGACACCUAAAAUGAUUUGAGGUGAAGCUCUGUAAUUUUAACAAAGCCUCCCUCUAUACAUAGACUGAGAAAGGGGUUGCACUACUUGCUAGGAUAGGUUUUCUCAGGAAGUUUAGUUUAAGUAAAAUCAGACGGUCAUUCAUGCCUAACUCUAACGCUUAAAUCCAUGAGAAGUAUGACUGAAACGAUAAGCGCUACACAUACCGAGUCCUGGUGGUGUUUUUUUUUUUUUUUUCCAUAGGCAUUGUGUGAACUUGGAGAUGAGGUCGCUCCAAUGAGCACUUCACUGCUUGCCUGCAUCCGGCAGGAUGACAGUGAUAACCUGUCCCUCUGUGGCUGGCAAACGCAGUCCCUGCAAGGGGUUGAUUUCCUCCAGGAGAAGAUAUGAGAUGGCCAGCAGGCUGUCGUUAUGUCAGGGAAUCCCCGAAUCCGCACAGCGAACCUCUCUCUUUAUUUCCGUGCUCCUGCUGCCAAAGAAACACAUUUAUUCUGUGGAGCGGUGGGAAUAUGGUUCCCAUUUGGGCUCAGAGACGGCCCAGAGGCAUGGCUGCAGUGAGAUCCCAGGACGUGCUGUCAUCUAGGCUGACUGAGCGACUCGGAAAAAUGAACAGUGCUGUAGUGUAGAACUCAGAGUCUGGCUUGUGUAACGCGCUUCAGGUGCUCAACUUUCCCCCCCCAGCCCUGCAGUAAUUUGUCUGAAAACGUUGCCCAGAAACUCUCUCUCACUGCGGGCACACCAGACAUUUCUGAAUUCUCUGCACAAAUGGUAUGAAAUGGCCGACAGGAUUUCAUCCCCCUAGUUUAAGGCUCUCCGUCUCUUGGCCAAAAGCGCCAAAUCCCUACUGCCGUAUCCAAACAUCAUUCACUGUGAAUGUCCUGCCCUACAAUACACACGUGCGUGUGCACACGCAUGGAAGUAUUUAUCAACAUAAUGGCUUCAAGGUCACAUCCUGUGUUGAGACCAUGGUACAGCUCACCUUUAGCCCAGGUGAAAGAUCUCUCCUGUGGUAUUUUGGCACUUGAUCUCUGCUAGAUCUUCAGAAACACAUGCAGUUGUGAUCUACAACAAGAUAGAAGAUAUGAAACAGAUUUCCCUAAUAUUGUUCAGCACUAAGUAUUGAAUUAUUUGUAAUAUACAUACCGUACAUUUUUCAUGUCAGCCUCUAAAACUAAAUGAUCCCUUAAAAUAAAUGAUUAGUUAUAUUUACAGGAGAAUAACAUCAAUAAAGAAUAUAGAGAUGAUUUAGGAUGCAUAACCAACUGACUCCAAAAUGAUAAUACUAAUUAGAAUUAAAAAUACUUUUGAAAUUUUAAUUCAAUUUUUAUUAAUGAAUUUAUUUGUUAUUGAAUUUCUUAUUUUUAAAAUAUUUAAAUAUUUCCCAUUUGAAACUAUAUGUUAAAAACCUUAAUGCAAUGACUAUUGGAUGAGCUAGACACAAAGCAGGACACUAAUUACUUAUAAUUAUUAUGAAAAGACUCCAAAACCCCAGAGGUCCAACAAGAUAAAGUCAUAUAUGGAUUUCAUUUCAGCAGCUGCCACAGGUCACAUGACACAUAUGAGGUGUAACAGUAACUUGUUAAUUCUGCGGAUUUGUGUAUGUGAGGAACAUUUCGGAUGGCUUUCCCAGCCUGAUCAAAGACAUGAUUUACAUGAAUUAGCAUGAAUCAUUCAUGCAAGUGUACUGCACUGUGUUACUCCUGGCCUCGUGUCGGACCUUGUGUUUCUCAACCGUUUAUCCUUGAAGGACUGGGAAGAUAAAUGAAUCUGUUGUGGUUUCAAUGAGAUUACAUGGGAAUGUCAUGGUGAAUUUCCUGUUAAGUGUGCUUAUAAUUACACAUAAAAUCAUUAUGGUUCAUGUAUCCUUUGCCUUAUUGAAGAGAUACCUUUCCCUGAAAAAAAAAUACAUUUUGCAGUGGUACUGGGUGUCUUGAACUAAUCUAAAACAAAUGUUAAAAAAUGUAACAAACAAUGGAAUAUAACAUUGGUCUGAAAGGUCCCUUGAGUAAUAGCUGACAAGCUAGAUCAUUCUCGUGCAAAACCAAUUCAAUUUGUUGUAUUUCUUUCUGUUUUUAUGAUGACAUUUCAAUCAAGAAUUGUAAAAUGUUCUUCCAAGUAAACCCAUAGUUUAUUUAAAAACUUCAAGUGUCACUGUGAGAAUUGUUUGAUUCUUUCUCUGAGGUAAAGUAAUAUUUUUUCCAAGGUUGAUUCUGAGAUUGUUCAUGGUGAAUAUGUGCUAAAUAUAAUUUUUAAACAAACAAAAUAAAAAAAUAUAAAUGUGUGUUAUGGAGGAACAUUACCGUUGUGUUGCUAAUGUUAAUGUUCAAGCCAGGGGUUUGGAAACAAAUUGCUUCUUUCAUUAGAAGUGUAAUUUAAAUUCAGUCUCUGUAUGAUUAUCUCUCACAUUUUUAUUUUUAAAACUGUGGGAUCUUCUUGGUCAGCAUUUCAAUUUGUCAUACAGCAUACUAUGUUUAAAUUAAAAAACCCCAUGAGACAAACAA